AUAAGAUUCGCGCUGUUGACGUCAUCAAAACGCGCUGAGAAAACUAUGCUCGAACGACUCGAGAGAUAAGCUACGAAUGGUAAUUUGUAUCCAAAUAAAUAGUCGACAAUGCCUAUGAAAGGAAGGUUUCCGAUCAGGAGGACUCUGGAGUACCUCGGGAAGGGCGACAUCAUCUUUAAAAACCGAGUGAAGAUCAUGACGGUCAACUACAACACAAGAGGAGAGCUCAGCGACGGGGCAAGGAAAUUUGUUUUCUUCAAUAUUCCUCAAAUUCAGUACAAAAACCCGUGGGUCCAAGUAAUGAUGUUCAAAAACAUGACGCCAUCGCCGUUCUUGAAAUUUUACCUGGAUGAUGGUGAACAAGUGCUGGUGGAUGUUGAAGGAAAGGACUACAAAGACAUUGCACGACACAUAAAGAAGAUUUUGGGCAAGUCAGAGACCACGUUAAAGGCCGAGGCACAAGCCAAGAUGCAGGCCUCCAACCCUGCUAACUUUGGGCCAAAGAAGUAUUGUCUGAGGGAGUGUAUCUGUGAGGUGGAGGGCCAGGUGCCUUGUCCUGGAACCACACCUCUGCCUAAAGACAUGACUGGCAAGUAUCGUUCCCAGAUGAGUGCGGAACAAGAGAGCUGAGACAGAGAGACUGGUUCUCCGCUGUAGGAACCGGUGAUGUUAUCUGAUCUCCCAAGUAAGAGCAAUCUGACAUCAUGCUUUGAGUUUGUAUGCGAUGUUGAAUCCAGAAAUGUGGAUUCGCAUGUCGUGACUUCAUCCGGUAAUGUGCACAUCAUAAAAACAACAUACAGGUGGUCCUCGGGUUGUAAACUGUACCAUUAUUAAGACUCACAUUGCAUACAGAACAUUACAGGAACAAAACACCAAAUACAAGAAUUAAACUAAUAAAAAAUUAGCAUCUUGAUAAUAAAACCGCUUGGUUAUUACUGUUGUUAUCAGAUGAUCACUGACCUGGCAGGUAUGUCUACUGCAGUGUUAAUAUUUGACCGAUGUCCAACAGUCUGGGAUCAAAACAGUGACACAUAAUUCCAUGAACUGAGGACCACCUGUAGUUAUAUUGAAAAACAAUACCGUAUUUUCCGGACUAUAAGUUGCACUUUUUUCAUAGGUUGGCUGUUCCUGCGACUUAUACAUUAAAAAAAUUGUUACAUAAACACUGAAUACACCUUUUCUGUUUCUGUUUAUUUUUUUUUAUAAGCAUUGUGUUAGCAUAUCUUACACCUAUUCAGCCUGUUCUCUAUUCUUUUAUUGUUAGAACUUGCCUUCCAAGAGGACAUAAUGUCUGUUUUGGUCAAGUAGUUUGUAAAAUAAAUUACCCGCAAAAAAUGCGACAUGUAGUCCAGAAAAUACGGUAUAUAAUUUUUAUAUUGAGGCAAAAAAACAACAACAAUUUUGUUUAGUUUUGCUCUGAUGUUAAUAAAUUUGUCCAAAUCUUA